UGAAUGUGUGUGGUGUAUAUCAGAGGCAUUUUGCAAGAAGACGCUUCACGAGACAACACGCAACACUUUUCAUCGAUCAGACAACCCGUUAACCGAUCCCACUUCGUACGUGAAUACCGAAGAAUCACGAUUUAUUCUUCCUUCGAAUAGAAACGAGAACAGAGAUAGAGCGCAGUGACAGUGAUCUAUUUCCCAGCGAUUAAGUGUGAUAAAUUUGGGUGUUGGAAGUCACGAAACAGCUGACCGAACCUUGGCAUAAGUAUCGAGUAAACGCUGAUCAAGACACGAGGAAGAUUCGGAGAGAGCGCCGAAGGAACUUUCCCCGUGACUCCGAGUAACCGGCUGAAUUUUCUAGAACAAGAAGGAUCAGAUCAUCAGUAGGAAAGCUUUCAAUCAUACGAUAAAGAGGAUCAAGGGAAUGACGGGAAGUUCCAGCGUGAAACGGACAAGCCUGUGUCUGCUGGCACUGUUGUUGUCCUGCCUCUCCAGCGGUAACAUCCUCGUCGUUGGAGAGCCAGAGCCGAUCCCUUCGGAGCUUCUCUACAGCGAGAGAUUCAUCAAAAACGCCGAAAAUCUCAUUCUACUGAACAAGCUGAAGCUGAUCGAGGAGAAAAAGGAUAUGGCAGAGCGUGAAAAAGCACUGGACGAUGAGGAAAUGGUGAUUCAAUCCAUGUUAGAAGCAAGAGCGAAGACGAAGACGAGAAUUCAACCUGGUGAUUACUCCGUCGAAGAGCUUCCAACGCCGAACGCUGUGAUCAGUCAGGCACAACGUUCAGGAAAACGCACCGCGAUAAGUUAUAUGACCUUGUGCCAUUUCAAGAUCUGCAACAUGGGGCGCAAGCGACAGUUGCACAAGUAAACGUUAAAUAAGAAUCGUUUGCGGACGACGGCCACGUCGGGAAUGGUCGAGCCUCUUGCGCGGUGCACACUCUGCCUCGACACACGAAGCGAAACCCGCGUGCAGAGAGAGAGAGCUCACGACGCAGCGGUGUAGUGCAAAGAAGGGCCACCUACCUUACGAAUAAUCGGCCGAUGCGACGGAAUACUUUACAAAUCUCUUCAAUCAACUCUACUCGACUACUAGAUUUCGCUAAAUCUAACAAAACGAUCGCGAAUCUAUCGAGAUAUCUAACGCGGCUUUACGUAAGAUACACGUGCGAGCUUUGGUAUUAUCUUGGAAUAUCUCGAAGGCUUCCUCUGUCGAAACGAAAAAUAAACGAAAAAGGCAAGAAAAAGUACAAACGAAAGGGAAACACGUUUGGUGUUUCGCCCUCGUAUUUCACAGAAGGAUGAAGAAUAGUUGAUUCGCGACCGAAUUUCUAUCGCUUAAUCGUGUGCCCUCUCGCGCGCGCGCAAAAUUGAACAACAAAAUUAAUUGAAGAAACAAUGUCAAAUAUAAUACAUGUUCUUUUCUCAGAAUUGUAAAGUGGUCUUACAGAAGAAAGACUGUGUCUGUUUGUAUCGCGCGACGAGCUUUUCCCAAGUUCCACUCGUUCGUUCGAGAAUAAAGGGAAACGAGAGGGUUCGUCCCGACCGGCUCGGGCGAAUCCUGACGAUCGAAAGGACAUUGGCAAUGCAGCGACCAUUACCAAACCAUGAUCGAAUGCACACGUUUCGCUCGUACUAUUCAGCAGUAUCGUUUCAUCCAAUCGAGGACACUGCAUUCGCGGCCCGAACAAUCGUUUUGUCCCGUACAAUUGGACGAGAACGCGCGAUACGACAACCUCGAAAAAGGCUCUCAUCCCCAACACCAACCCCCGUUCCUCCCUAUAUGUGAUUGAUUUACUUUUCUAAUUAGCACUCCCCGGACUACUCACGAAUCUCUCCGAAAAAAGAAAAAAAAAAAAUGUAACUGUAGUCUGAAAAACGUGGCUCGAGAGCGACAGAUCGCAAACAGACAAACAGACAGGCGGACAGGACAGAGAGCGACGAAAAGAGAAGAAAAAAGAAUUCAUGCUUUGGAGAGUGGAGUGUCCUCGACGAGCCAUCGAUAGAGAAUCGAAAUGGCGAAUAGAUAUUUAUUCGUUAGCUUUAAGUGGGAAGGGUGCAAAG